UGGUUCUGGUUCUGCUCUGCAUCUCCAGAACCAGAACCAAACAUGAAGAAGCAGCAUUCGGCCACAAGUCUGAAACAAACUCCCGGAAAACUGCAAAACAUCUGAAAUAUUGAUUGAUCGACCUUUUCACACUCACUGUAAACAGAAUUAUUUGAUGAUUGGUUGAAACAAGACAGAAAACUCUUCUUUGCAACUCAAACUCUGACAAAUUUGACGGAGAGUGCCGGAGAACAUCAGAUUUCAAGAAGUGUGCAGCGUCUCGAUUGUAUUUAGAUCUGGACUUUGAUUAGGUCAGAUACCCCCAGGUGGAUGUUUAAAGUCUUGAUGAACUUCUGCCUCCCCUUUUCUUCUAUUAUUGACCUGCAUUUAGCUCAGUUCAUCCUUCCAUCAUCUCUGAUAAGCUUCACUACCCCCGCUGGGGAAAAAAACACUCCACAGCAUAAUGUUGCCAUCACCAUGUUUAAUGCAUUGGGACUUUCUGUAACUUUCUUUCCACAAUCAUUUUCUUCAUGCCAUCAGUCACAUUUGUGGAAUGCAUCCCUGCUGGUUGUCCUGUCGAUGGUUUCUUUCCUCUGAGCUUUUCUGAGCCAUUUUGCUUUAAGGACAGCUAAUAAAGCUCUUUGAGAGCCGCAACUUCAAAAAGUCUCCACAGCUGGACCCAAAUCUGGGGCAACAGAAACAAAGCAGAACAUUGUUGCAGACAGUUUAGCCAUUUAACAAAAUAACAGCUCAUUAUUGAAUCUACUGCACUGGGAAAUAAAAAAAAAAGUGUAUAAAAAUAGUUAAUAAAAAAUAGUUUUUAUUAAUAUGAAGAUAUAGUUUGGCAUUUCCAGUACUCCGUAAACAUUCAGAUUAUGUCUAGUUAUAUCAGUGUGGAAAAGUACAGCAUUCAACUUGGAAAAAGCCAGCUGUAUAACAUCGGUGGACUUGUUUUUGGAGUUAUGUGCGCGGCAUUACAAAACAGGGGUGGAGGCAGACGGUGAAAAAGGCCUGGCACGUUUUGCGCACCUGUGCCGAGGCUGUUAUGCAGUCUUGCAGCAUUAUGUUGAUUCAUUACACACUAACACACUGAACCAGCUCAGCAGCACAUGAGCCGCCAGGUGUCGGUGACGCCGGCUUCCUGAUCUGGAGGCUUUAAAGGCGGCGACGAGACGAGAGGGCAAACGCAUCCCACUCUCAUCUAUGAGGAGGACGGUUGCAUUUAGAGGAGAACGGAGAACGUUCUAGUGAAGUGCUGCGGCUGAGGACAGUGAUGGAGACUUUAGUGUGUCCGAUGGGUGGAGGAGCCACCAGGCUGUACAACACCCUGACUCAGACGUUCAGCGGCAGCAGCUCCCCCCUGUCCCUCCCUCCAUCCUACCUGAGCCCCCACCAGCCCGCUCUUACCAACCUGGAUUCAGAUUUCUGCCUGCAGCAGAAGAACUCCCCCGUAUGCCCCCUUGAUCCAGUGGAGCUGCUUCAGCAGUGUGAAGAGGCCCUCAGGGACCGACCUCCUCACCUGCAGAGAAACUUUGUCUACAUCGAUCAUGGAGACGACGUUGCCAGCGUCCCCAUCAGGGUGAUGCAGUGGAACAUCCUAGCCCAAGCUCUGGGCGUAGGAGUUGACAACUUUGUCCGGUGUCCCUUGGAGGCCCUCAGCUGGUCCCGAAGGAGGAGCCUCAUCCUGGAGGAGAUUCUGGCCUACCGACCUCACAUCCUCUGUCUGCAGGAGGUAGACCACUACUAUGACACCUUCCAGCCGGUUUUGGCGAACCUGGGCUACAGCAGCCAUUUCUGUCCGAAGCCCUGGUCUCCAUGCCUGGACGUAGAAGGCAACAGUGGUCCCGACGGCUGUGCCCUCUUCUUUGACGAGUCCAGAUUCGAGCUCCUGGACAGUGUGAACAUCAGACUCUCGGCCAUGAUGAUCCCCACAAAUCAAGUUGCCGUGGUGACGACUCUGCGUUGUCGGAGCAGUGGAAGGUGUGUGUGCGUCGCUGCGACUCACCUAAAAGCCCGAUCUGGCUGGGAGUGGUUCCGCAGCGCUCAGGGGUCGGACCUCCUCUGGCACCUUCAGAAUCUGGUCCAGGAGCUCGGCGGCGGCAACUCCAACGUCAAAGUCCCCCUGCUGAUUUGUGGCGAUUUUAACGCAGUCCCAUCGGAGGAAGUGUACCGACGCUUCGCCACUUCCCCUCUGGGUUUGGACUCUGCCUAUAAGAAGCUCAGUCAGGACGGCGUGAGCGAGCCGGAGUACACGACGUGGAAGAUCCGGGGCACCGGGGAGUGCUGCUGCACGCUGGACUACAUCUGGUACACUAAAGACACACUGAGAGUGGACGCUGUUCUGGACAUGCUGGACGAGAAGCAAAUCGGACCCAACAGGCUUCCAUCCUACAGCUAUCCAUCCGACCACCUCUCUCUGGUUUGCGACUUCAGCUUCAGGGAGAAAGAAUGAGAGGCUGGCUCGUCGAUGGGGAAACGCCGAUUCCUUGGACUUGAGGGGUUCUCCCUCGCUGAUUCACUCCACAGAAAGCCUGGAAGCCGAAUGUGAGUGAACGGGUGAAGAUGAGAAGACAGGAGGCCUCGAGUGUGAAGUGACUGAAAUGUUGCAGUGUUGAGGUUGAAGAGAUAAAUGCAUCGCAAGUCUUCCUGCCUGAACUAGGUCUGCACCAGCUGAUCGUCUCAUACCUUCAUCAGCAAUCAAGCUGCUCAUACAUGAACUUCGUUUUCUUUUUUUUUACGAAAUACUGAAAUCAGACUGUAAUAAGCAUACUGCUUGAUACUACCAUCAUAUAAUACUGAAAGUAAAUAAAGUGUCUUCGCCAGAUAA